UGGAGAUACGAGGGAUUGGACUCUGAGAGACAGGACUGCAUAUCUGUUUGCGACUCUGAGGGAAGAAGGCAGCUGCCCUCUUGAGGAUACGACGCAGGCAGCAGUCGAGGAAUACGAGACCAAUACGCGCAGCGAUACGAGCACGGCGAGGAAUAUAUCGAAACGAGCCCGACGAUAUAAGACACGCUUUCGCGACUUCAAGGCUACAGCUUACGCCAUCAUCGAUUCACGACCACACACCACACCUCUUCAUCAUCCCGCUCUUGAAUCGCGAACAGAAGGAGAACAACACACAAAUAAAACAUGUGUCUGGUCACUCCAAAGAAAGAGGUUGUGGUCCGGGGGAGAGAUGUCCCGCCGCGUCCUGUGAGCAAUUAUCACGGAGGACCGAGGAGCAGCUCGAGAUCUGUAUACAGGAGGACGAGCGUGGUUCCGGUGGAGAGGGUCAGUCGGAGCAGUUACCAUGAGCCGAGAAGGAGUGGGGAGAGGGUGGUGUAUAAGAGGACGAGUAGGACUUAUGUGAGGUGAUUGUUAGGAGAAAGAUUGUUGGAGAGGGGCAGCGUGGUGUGAAGUGGAGAAAGUGAAAUGGGUGUGAAUGAUGCUAUGAGAUUAUGAUGGGAUACACUUGGGCGGUUUGCUGGGACUGGGGCAUACAUGAUAUGUUAUGCGACGGGUACUGAUAUAUUUCGGUCGUACUGAAGAUAUGCCAUGCUUUCACAAGCUGAACAUUGUCUUUUCGCUGCUGUCUCCAGCUUCCAGACUUCCGAGACAAUUGUGUCCGAAAGUGGUAGAUCUACCCAUAUUGCACCUCUUUGCACGUGUGACUGGCACAAAGUUGUGGAAUGUGUGCAGUAGGCCUUCUUUGUCGUCCGAGUUGGGCCGUGUGGGUGUCAGAUGGUCGUGCCUGCGAACGACAUGUACGUCAUGCUGCAUAGACGUCAUCCAGCUCUCCUCGGACGCUCGUGGAACUGCCAUCGACCGCGCAGAUCCUGACUGACCGACUGUUCGCUUGUCUUUCUAUCGCCCUCUCUUGAAACAGCGUCUGAACGACUUGUUGUAACAGAUCUCACUCUCCCAAACGAACCUCGGAAACAGCCGAACAAUCGCCGCCAUGAACAUCGGACGCAAAGGAUCGCUCCGCCACAAGCAGAAUGACUCGGGCAACAAGCACCGCUUCGCCAUGUCGUCGCUGCGCGGCGUCGGCCAGCCCGAGCUCUCCAAGAAGCUCCGCACCUUGAUCAAGACCCAGAACCACGCCAUUGGCGCCUUUGAGCAGGCAGGCAAAGAGUCGCAGAGCAUUGCUUCGCAGCUGAGCGAAUGGGGUGAAAGCACAGAGGAUGAGGCCCUCAGCGAUGUCAGCGACAAGUUGGGCGUGCUGCUUGCCGAGAUUGCGGAGCAGGAGGACUUGUAUGCGCAGAACCUGGAGGACAGCAGAGGUGUCUUGAAGCAGAUUAGGAACACUGAGGCGAGCGUGCAGCCGACGAGGACGCAGAAGCAGAAGAUCCAAGAUGAGAUUCAGAAGCUCAAGUACAAAGAGCCAGAGUCGACCAAGCUGGUCACCCUCGAGCAGGAGCUUGUCCGUGCUGAGGCACAGAGCCUGGUCGCCGAUGCUCAGCUCACCAACAUCACUCGCCAAAAGUUCAAGGAAGCCUACGACCUCCACACCGCCGCCGUCAUCGAGCGCGCCGAGAAGCAAAUCCUCCUCGCCCAGCAGGCUCGCCGCCUCAUCAACCUGCUCGAUGACACUCCAACUGUUCCAGGUGAAGAGCGCCCAGCUUACGCCCACGCCGAAGAGGGCCGCGAUAUCCUCAACGAUGCCGAGGCUGCCCUCCGCGGCUGGUCGCCUUCCGUCGAGCCCGUCCACUCUGCCUCCGCCGGCAAGCUCGGCUCCAACGCCAUGGCCACACAGAGCCUGCCAGACCGCACCACCACUGCUCCGCAAACUGAAGGCUUGAGCGACGCUCAGCGCGUCGAGGCUUUGGAGCGAGCUCAAGAGGAGACUACCACAACUGCUGAUGUGCCUACUCCCGCCAAGACGGAGAAUGCUGCUUUGGCGUCUUAGAAAGACCUUGAAGAAGACAAGGAACGUCAAGAGAAUCGCAACGCAGCUUGGAGGGCUGUCGAAGCGCAAGAGAGGUUUCGGCAGGUUUCGAGGACUGCCUCGUGGAAUACUUGGCGGGAUGCGAAUCAGUUGUGAGAGAGUAUAUGACACUGAUGAUGGAAUGAUGAAGUGCGAUCUGUUUGAUGCGUCUGGUUUGCGCGACACCUUGGUUUCUUGGCGGCUUUUGGUGGGUUGAGAUACCUGUCUGGUUGGGAUGAUGGGUUUUUUGUGCUGAUUGCUUGUUUUGGUAGUGCUAAUGCUAUGCUGCUAUGUAUUUGACGACAGAGAUUGAAACAGAUGUGUAUAUGAUCUUACCUUUCAGCUUCCAUUGAUCUCUCCCUGAAUUUUUGCUGCCUCGGGACACUGCAUGCCGUACCACAAUGCUUUUCAAAAUGGUGUUACAAGUAGUGACUGAUAAAGAUGUAAAA